AUGUCUCGCGCCAAGUCGGCCGCGCCGAAUUGUCCUAGACCGGAAGAUGAAGUGCUCCACAUCAAUGGAAUCCACUUCUCAACUCUGCCAAAACCUGCAGCAUUAAAGAAAAUCAUCAGAAGAAAAAGGAAGGAAGUUAAUUGUGCUCCACCGGUUCCAACGAACUUAGAAGAAAUGGUUAUUCCAGAUCCAUAUAAGUACUACGUCAAUGCGAAAAAUGAAAAGGAAUUAUUUUUACUCGGUGAUAGCGGACCCGUUGCCGAUAGAAUUUUGAUCUUUGGACGACAAAAAAAUUCAAAGAUCUUAGAAGAAUCGGAUCAUUGGUUUGUCGAUGGUACAUUUAGAUCAACUCCGUCUCUAUUUUACCAAGUCUACAUAAUAAUGGCAAAGAAAUUUGAUGCUGUUCAUUCCAUAAUUUAUGGGUUACUUCCGGGCAAAAGUACUUCAGUGUAUGAAUCGUUCAUAAAUAUGCUGAAAGAAUUAUUUCCAAAGCCAUUAAAUCGAAAGAGAAUCUCAUGCUACUUUGAGUUGGCUGCGAUUAAUGCUUUCAAAGACGAGGGACUUCUCCGGCGGUACAACAAUAAAGCCGAUUUUGCACUAAAUGCAAGGAUGAUUACGUCUUUGGCUUUUGUGCUAUUUGAAGACAUUGAUGGAGCCAUAGAAACCUUAAGCGAACAAAUACCCCAGGAAUUACAGCCAAUUUUAAAUUGGUUCGAAGAUUUUUACGUUGAACGACCGAAUAGACGUAGUGUUUCAAGACGAAACCCAAUGUUUCCUCCAAAAACAUGGAACCUCUACCAUAGGGUGCUAAAUAGAAUUGACAGAACAAAUAAUCAUGCCGAAGCUGCACACCGACGAUUGCAAAAUGAACUGUCGAUGGAUCACCCCACUUUGUGGAAAUUCCUAGACACUUUAAAAAUUAUUCAGAAAGGAAGAGACAUAUUUUAUGAACAACUGGUUGCUGGAAAAAGUCCUCCAGCUAAACUUAAAAAGUAUCAGGACGCCGACAGAAGAAUAUUUAAAAUUGUGGAAAGUUACCACCAAGAAAAUAUUCUUGAAUAUUUGAGAGGAUUAUCUCAUAAUUACGAGAUGAACCCAUAA